AUGAAAAUUUUCGAAAAGCCUACAAUAAUUACAGAGUAUUUGGAUCAAUGCAUUGUUAAAGAAGACGAUGAUUGGACUUUAAUAAUAGAUACGUGUAAUGCCGUAAAUGCAACAGAUGCCGGUGCUAAAGAGGCUGCAAAAUUCAUUCGGAAAAAACUAGCCAGGAUGCAAUCAAUAAAGAUACAACACCGAGUUUUAAGUGUAUUGCAAGCUAUGGCCGAAAAUUGUGGCGCAAAAUUUCAUGCCGAAAUCGCUUCCAAAAAAUUCCUUGAAGCAAUAGAACAUGUCAUAGUGACGCCGAAUUUUAAUCCUGACGUUAAACAUAGACUCGUUGAAUUAUUAAGAAAUUGGACUGAAAUGUUCCAAAAUGAACCUAGUCUAUGGCAAGUUGCUAAUCUUUAUAAUAAGUUAGAAAAAAUGGGAGUAAUACCGGAAGAUAAAUACCAAAAUAAUCCUACACAAAAUCCUAGACGAGUGCAUCAUGCUCCCUCGACUACAUCAGUGGAAACAAUUGCUGGGGAUAUUGAACUUGCGAAAAAUAAUGUACAAUUGUUCAUACAAACUAUCUCAUUUACUGAUCCAGAGGCUGAAGACAUCACCAAAAAUGAGUUGAUCCAGGAAUUUUAUAGAAAAUGUAAAUCAUUACUUCAAAAUAUUAAUCAAUACAUAAAUGAAGUACAAGAUGAACAUUGGUUGGAUACGCUUCUUUCGAUAAAUCAGGAACUUAUAAAAGCGUUCCAAAUGUAUGACGAUAUGGUCGAGCGAGGGCAAAUUCGAGCUGCUGAACAAAUUUCUGUGCAAUUUCCGACAGAUAAUUAUCGUGUCAAUUAUGACAAUUAUUUUGAUUCAGAUGAUGCCGGAGUUGGUGGCAGUAAAGCAACUGCGAUUGAUCCGUUUUCGGACUAUAACGAAGUGGAACAAAUCCCUAGUCCAAGUGAAAAGCGUAGAGGCAAAGUACCAAUGUCCAUAUAUGACGAUGAUGAUGUGUUCAGAGAUGAUCCAAAUGAAUUAUCAAAUCAACAAUAUUCUAGUUUAGUGGCUCCUUUACAGCCCACUAAAUAUCGUCCACCUACUGUUACUAAUAAUAAUAAUGGACGACAGGACCAUAUGAGUAUUUGA